AUGAAAACUCUAACGUUACCACCGCCACUUCCGCCGGUGUCUAGUCCCGAUGUUGGUUCAGGAAAUGCUUUACAAUUACCUCCGAUGUUUCAUCAUCCUGCCAUGCCGCCACCGCCCGGCUUGCUACAUAUUUUGAUGUCUGCCGAAAAAUGUCAGGAAACCACCGCUAGGCUUCUAUUCAUGGCUGUCCGAUGGGUGAGAUGUCUGGCACCAUUCCAAACUCUUAGUAAACACGAUCAACUGUUAUUAUUACAAGAAUCGUGGAAGGAACUAUUUUUGUUACACUUAGCUCAAUGGUCUGUGCCGUGGGAUCUUUCUGCGUUACUAGGAUGCCCGCAAGCUAGAGAAAGAUUACCAACCGAUCUGCAUACUGCCACUGAAAUCAAAACCAUUCAGGAGAUUAUGUGCCGUUUUAGACAAAUAUCACCAGAUGGCAGUGAAUGUGGAUGUAUGAAAGCCAUUUUACUAUUUACUCCAGAAACAGCCGGUCUCUGUGAUGUCCAACCAGUGGAAAUGCUCCAGGACCAAGCUCAAUGUAUCCUAGGCGAUUACGUAAGGACGAGAUAUCCUCGACAACCUACUAGAUUUGGCAGAUUGUUACUUUUAGUUCCUAGUUUGAGGGCCAUACGAUCGAUAACCGUAGAAUUGCUAUUUUUUAAGGAAACCAUAGGAGAAAUUCCGAUUACACAGUUGUUGGGUGAUAUGUAUUAUAUGGAAAAAUGUGCUAGUAAUCCCUAAAUUAAUACUUUUAUUAAAAAAAAAAAAAAGUUUGUGUGUUUUUUAAACCACAAUUAUUUAUGACGAAG